CCACAGCAUUCAGUUUUAAAACGCUGUCAGUGAGGCACAGUGAGGUGUGCGUAUUCAGCAGACUCCCAUGGAUCUCUUGCAGCUCACAUUUAUUUCCCUGGGUGCUGUGGUGGUGUUUUGUGCUGCUCUGAAGGUUUAUUAUUUCUUGAAGAUUUUUUCCCCAAAGAUCUGGUGUCCUGUGCCUGAUCUCUUUUUCAUCUCAUUAGGAGAGUGGGCAGUUGUUACAGGAGCAACCGAUGGAAUUGGGAGAGAAUAUGCUUUUGAGCUUGCAAAACGAGGCAUGAACAUUGUCCUCAUCAGCAGAACUCUUGAAAAACUGGAAAGAGUUGCAAACGAAAUUGUUGAAACAACAGGAAGAAAGGUGAAAGUAAUUCAAGCGGACUUUACCAUGAAUGACAUCUAUGAAAAUGUGGAAGAGCAACUUAAAGGCCUUGAAAUUGGAAUUCUGGUUAACAAUGUUGGAAUGCUUAACAGCUACACGCCUUGUCGUUUUCUUGACACUGAAAAUCUGGAUAAGAUUAUCCCUAAAUUGAUCAAUUGCAACAUGACAUCUUUGGUUAUGAUGUCGAAGAUUGUUUUGCCUCAUAUGCUAAAAAGGCAGAAAGGAUUAAUUCUUAAUUUAUCAUCAGGUGUGGGCUUGUUUCCUUGUCCAUAUUAUAACAUCUACUCAGCUUCGAAGGUCUUUGUGGAAAGGUUUUCAAGAGGUCUUCAAGCGGAAUACCACUCGGCAGGUGUUAUUAUUCAGUGUAUUGCCCCAUUUGGAGUUUCAACUGCAAUGACCCACUACCAGCAGAAAAAUGUUGUGACCAAAUCAGCAAAAGACUUUGUAGUUGAAUCACUGGACUUUGUUUUGUUAGGAGAUUAUACUUUUGGAUGCUUCAUUCAUGAAAUUCUGGCAUGGAUAAUAAAGGCAAUUCCCUUAAAGUUAAUACACAGUGACUUCAUUUUGGAUACUUUCCUGGAAUAUUGUAAUAAACGCAUUUCCUCUUGAUUUCUAUGGCUCAUUAUUUAAUGUACAGUAUAUUGCUAGAAGUGCUGAAGAUGGACCCUGAUAUAGAAGCUCCUUUCUUUUUCUCUAUUGUAAUAUUGUGUCAUCUUACAGUAUACAUUAUACCCUUUUUUCAUUUUUGUAUUUGUAUUGUGUACACAUAACUUGUAAAAAUAUUCAGUUCAUACUGUUAAUUCAAAAACUUUUUGUUAUUUAAAUAUACAGUAUUUUGUUUGUAGUCUUUGUAACCCAAUAUGUUUGUUGUAAGAGUGAUAAGGGAGCAUAUGCAUAAAGUCCAAUCACUAGCUGUACAUCCAUUUUCUAAGCAGCUUAUUGUUACAAGGGUCACAGGGCACAGAGAGCAUCAAUGAUAUCAGGGGCCAGGAAGGAAGGAACCAGCCUUGGAUAGGGGCCAGCCAAUCAAAGGGCACAAUCACACACACACACAAACACACACACACUGUUGUUGUCAUUUACAUUCAGGUAGUCAGGGACUGAAAUCAUGAAGCAGGAUCUGCAUUAAAAGGUACACAUAAUCCCCUGUUGUAAGAAUAGAAAGAGUCCAUCCUUUGUCAAUAAAAAUAUGUACAAAGAAGCUUGGAAAGAGCACAUUUGCCUUCAUUUAAAUGUAGGAAUUUGACAAAUGAAAGGACACCUUUCAGUCCAUCAAGCUUGUUUGCUUAGCUUAUAAUGAAGCAGUCCCAAUAUCUCAUCUAGAUGCUUCUUUAAGGCUGCAGUGUUUCAGCUUCUUGGUAGUUUGUUCCACUUUCUACAAGUAAAGAAUUGCUUCCUGUCUUCAGUCCUAAAUGCACUUCAACUUAGUUUCCACUGAUGUCCUGAAGUAUGUGAUUCCAUGUUAAAAAAGAAAAGAAUUCAGCUGCAUCUACUUUGUUAAUGCCUUUGAGAAUUCUGAAGACCCGGAUUAGGUCCCCUUGCACUCUAAUGUGCUCGAGACUAAACAGAUACAACAUGUCCUUAAGUCCAGGGUUGCACUUGGUUGCUCCCCUCUGCACGUUGUAUAUACAGUCCCUGGUUUAUGAUGUCAGAGGAGAAUUUUAAAGCUGAUUGGAUGUAAACAACAGGCCUGGACAGACAAAUUUAAAGUAGUUUCAACAACAACACAAAUCCAGUAAAAUGAGGUCAGCUUUCUGGUGUGUAUUCUGAUGGGCUGCCAGUCAAUCAGAGGACACACUCACGCACAGCCCCAUUAGUGCUGCCAAUUAACCCUACGUGCAUGUGAGUGUGUGCUGCAGCUGGAAUUGGUGUUGUGAGGUAGCCCUCUGCAUCUAUGCUGCCAUUCAACAGAUUUGUAAAAACAAGAAAUCAGAACACAUGCCUGCAAAUGUGAAUUUCUGAAAUAACAUUGCCUUUAUUUUAAAAGACGUAAUGCCCUGUAAAAGAAAUCUUGAUGAGGGCUAAUGCAAUGUUGUUGAAAGAAUUUUGAAUUUUACACAAAUGACUGUGGGCAGCAUGGUGGAGCAGUGACAGCCAGUAAGGAAAUCAGGGUUUGUGUCCCUGGUCGUCCCUGCAUGGGUUUCCUCCUCUAGUCCAAAGACAUGCAGGUUAGGUGAAUUGGCAACGCUAAAUUGGUCGUAGUGUGUGCUUGGGGUGUGGAUGUUUGCCCUGUCCAGAGUUUGUUCCUACCUUGCACUCUGUUCUUGCAAGGAUAGGCACCAGCACGCCUGAGACCCUGGUGAGGAUUAAGCAGGUUAUAAAAUGACAUGACAUGACAAAUAACAAUCAAGUUAUUGUCAAAUUCCUGUAACUUCAUGGAGCUGUGGUAUGCAGGAAUAUUUCAUGCAAAAAUAAAGAAAUACACAAAAAAAUAUGCAAAUAAGUUAAUGUAUUGCGAAAUGUGACAAAAUAUUAUUAAAAACACAAUGAUAUGCAAGUAUAAAUAGUUGUGUCAUAAAACACAUUUUUGCUACUUAUUUCUUUAUGUAUUUGUCUCAAUGACAUGGCACAAAACACAAAAUAAUUCUUGAAAAGAAAACUGUUAUUUUUACCCAUGAAAUUUAAGAGGGUGGGUCCUGUGUUUUGAUGCAUGUAAAUCUUCGGCCAUCAAUAUUUAUAGGCAGGCACUCCAGACUCCUGAGAGAAUGACAAGUUCAUGGCCCCUUGAAUUAACGUAGCUGCCUUGUGCAGUAAUUCUGGCCAACUUUGUCAGGAGGUACAAAUGACAAAGGAAUCACCAGCUCUCUAGCUAAUGUGCUUCUGUUUAAACCUAUGCAUAUGCAUCAUGACAUAUCUUUUAAUAAAAUGUUUAGAUAUAAAUGAGCAAGAAGGGAAGGAACAAGGAGUACAAAUCUGUUCUGCACCACAAAAUAUAUGGAUCAUGUUCUCAGAAAAUAAUCCUUUGUGAUGAAGGCUUGUCUUGGAAGAAUGAAAGCACUCACACACCAUAUGAUACCAGGUUUCGUUAUCUGCGAGCCUUGGCUUCUAAUUCUGAAACUGUUUGGAAUGAAAUCCUGCAGCUGCUGCAGACCUCUGGGAGCAAAGUUAAGUAGCCCUGCUCUAUACUCUGGUGCCCUAUGUCCAUCCAUCCAUCCAUCCUCUUUUGCUUAUCCGAGAUCAGGUCGUGGGGGCAGCAGCUUGAGCAGAGAUGCCCAGACUUCCCUCUCCCUGGCCACUUCUACUAGCUCUUACAGGGGAAACCUGAGGCGUUCCCAUGCCAGCAGAGAGACAUAGUCCCUCCAGCGUGUUCUGGGUCUUCCCCGGGGCCUCCUCCCGGUUAGACGUGCCCAGAACACCUCACCAGGGAGGUGUUCAAGUGGCAUCCUGAUCAGAUGCCCCAGCCACGUCAUCUGACUCCUCUCGAUGCGGAGGAGCAGUGACUCAACUCUGAGCUCCUCCUGGAUGACCAAGCUUCUCACCCUCAUCUUUAAGGGUGCCCUAUGUGUUACAAUAUAAAACUCUUGAACAUGAAGAGAUCUGCUUAAAGGCAGAGAGAGUGAGUGAACAAAACAUACAGUAAGUCAUUCAUAUUUAAAUAAAUACACAUGUUUAAAGAUUAUUAUUUAAUGGUAUUAUUAAAGUGUCUGUGACAUUGUGAAGCAUCUGUUUUUAGCUGGUGAUACUGUAAUUAUUGGAAUACCAGCAAAGUCAUCACUGUGUUGACUAACAAACUACAAAUUCUCUUUUCUGUAUUUCUUUUUAGGCAAAUGCUAAGAAUAAAUGACUUUAAGUUUAUGCAUAAAUUCCUUCAUCAUAUUGUUUUCUAUGUAUAGUUAUUUUCAGUAUUUUACCUUUCAUUUUUAGAAGACCUGGGGCCUCAUACAUAAUGCUGUGCGUAGAACUCACACUAAAACAUGGCCUACUGACAAAAGUGGAAAUGCGCACAGGGUAAGGCUGGAGUGAGAAUGUGUGUGGCGUCACGGAAAGUUUAGUUUCUAUACAUCUCGAAGUGAGCGUGGAAACGGGCGUACGCAACAUUUUUGUGCAUGCGCACUGUUUAUACAUGAGGCUCCUGGUUAUAUAUCAUUGAAAUGCACAAUGCCUUCUGCAUAUUUGCUUCUUGUCGUUUUUUACCAAUGAUACGCAUUCAAUGGCUAUUUAAAUAAAUCUUUGAUUAUUUUCA